AUGAUUGAUUUUGAAUCAUUAAUUGAAUUUGAAGAAUCUUUAUGUAUUGGAUACUUAAAUGAUCAUAAAAUAUUAUUAAAUAAUUUAUCAUUAAAAAUUGAACAUUUAAGAUCAAAUGAAGAAGAUCAUAUAGAAAUUUCAUUAAAUGAAGAAGGGAGUGAAGAUGAAGAAGAAGAUGAUAUUACACUGAUACAGAGUAAUAUUGAAAUAGAAAAUAAGGACAUUAUUACAGAAUUAAAACAGACAAUUGAUUUAUAUGACAUUACAAAAGAUGAAUUCCUAACUUGUAUAGAUUGUGGAAAUCAUUUAAAUAUUCCAAUUUUAACUAAACCAUGUUGCAUAUCUUACAAAGAAUACACUCAAAAUCUACUACGAAACAAAAAUUCAUUAGAUUAUAAAUAUUGGUUAUCAUUUAUUGAUAAUCCAACAAGAACAAUAAAUUCAUUACCUUAUUUAACAGAAUUUUAUUUAAAAAAUAAAUUACCACAAAAUUUAAGAUCUUCAAUUUGGAUAAAAUUAUAUUUAUUAAAUUUAAACAAAAUCCCCAACUCCAUUAAUUUUAUUUUUAAAAAUUUUCAACAUUCAUAUAAUUUAGAAAUUUCAAAUCAAAUUUCAAAAGAUUUGAAAAGGACAUUCCCUAAUUUAAUUUUUUUUCAAAAUCAAAAAACAAUUGAUGAUUUAACUAUUGUUUUAAAUUUAUAUUCAAAUUAUGAUUUAGAAUUAGGUUAUUGUCAAGGCUUGAUAUUUCUUGUGGGGAUAAUAUAUUAUAAUUUAAAUCAAUCUUCAAAAUUAACUUUCUUUGCAUUGACUAAUAUAAUGGAAAUUGAAAAAGAAUUACAUGAAAUAUUUACAUCAAAUAAGAUGAAAAGUACGCUAAAUUUAUGGUUUUUACAAUUCUUGAGAAUCUUGAAAGAAGUGAAUUUAGAAAUUUAUGAAUUUUUUAAACAAGAUUUUAAAAUUAUGAAAAUUUUCCUUUUCCAAUGGUGGUUAUCAUUUUUAAGUUCUCAUAUACCUUAUAAUGGAUCAAAUAUUAUAAAUUUAAUAAUGGAUUUUUGUCAUUUUCAAAGUUGGAAAAUUGGUAUAUUUAAGUUGAGUUUGGGAUUAUUAAUUAUAAAUAAAGAAUUACUAUCAAAUUUAGAUUUUAACAAAGAUGAAGAAAUUAUAUUACAAUUUUUGUUAAAUGAAGAUAAAUGGAAUUCAGUAUUGAAAAAUAUUGAUGGGUUUUUUGGUGAAUUAUUAUUUUCUUGGGAUGAUAAUUUAUUUUUAAAUUUACCUAAUGAAUUUAAUAAAUUUGAAAAUUCCUUAAUUAAUGAUGAUAUCGAUAAUGAUGAAAUAGUAAAUAAGUUAAAUCCACAACAACGUAAAUUACCAAUACUAUCAAGUAUAAAAGCAAUAUCACAAAUUUUUAAACAACAACAACCAAAAAUAUAUAAAAGAGAAAGAUCAAAUACAACUACAUCUUCAAUUAUAUCAACAAUUUCAACAAAUUCUUCAAAUACUUCAAUCACCAACAAUAAUAAUUCAAAAUUAUCUUUAUUUUCAAACACGUUUAAAAAUUUUAAAAUUGAUUCAAAUAAUUCAAUAUAUUCUACUCAGCAAGAAAUUCAAAAAGAUAGUGAAAAUUUAGAUAAUGAAAUUGAUUUAUUAACCAUUGAAAAUGAAAAAUUAAAAAAUUUAUUAAGACAAUCUUAUUUUAUGAUCAAUAACAGAAAUAAUGGUAUCGAUGAAUUUAAUGUUAAAUGUUUAAGUGAUGAAAUUGGAAAAGUUUUAGAUGUUUGA